AUGAUACUUGAAUAUGCUGUAAUAUAUUUUUCAUACAAUAGCUAAAUGAAGAAGAUGAUUAUAAAAGAAUGACCAAUAUUACUAGAGGGUGUUAAUAAUUAGCAUAAUAAUUACCUUUUUAUUCUAAUUUUACAAACUCAAAUCUAAUUAGAUAAUGUAUAUAAAAUUUUACUAUCUGAGUAUUUUGUUGUUAUCCAUUUUAAUAAGAGCCUGUAAAAUUAUUAUUGUCUAUAAUGAUGGAUAGAUUUUAGAAUGUUGAAUUUUUGAAUUGUUUUUAUAAAGGGUUACUUGAAAUAGCAUUGCUUUAAGAAUAGAAAGCUAUGUUAAGCAGUAGAUCACCUGGAAGAGGUAGAAAAAGUUUUUCAAAGUAAUUGAACUAUGAUAUUAGGAUUAUAAAUUGGAUAAUAAGGCUUGGCAAAAAAUGUAAUUGAAAAUCUUGUAAUUUCGAAAUAAUUUGCUGUUUCAUUUUUAAAACCAAUAUUUAAUAUGGUUUAACAAUUAAGAUAGUCAUUAGAGAGUAGAAGUGGAAUAUUUAUGACUUUUAUAUUUAAUACAAGAGAUGAAUAAGUGAUAAAAUUAGUAGUGGACAAUUUUGAAGAAUGUAAAAGUGAGAUCUUUGGAGCAUGUACUUGGGUAAAUAGAAUUGAUGAAUAGAUUGUUUAAUGUAAAUUUAUUAAUUAUUUAUUUUUAGUUUUUUAUUCAAAUUAAAUAAUAAGGUCUUAAAAUAUUAUUUAAGUGGAUUAAGAUUUAGUUGAUGAACCAUAAGAAUCCUCUGAAUCAUCAAUUGAAAUAGAUCCAAAUGAAGAAAUAUAAAAAUGGAUUUGUUAAAAGAAUACACCUAUGGUUAAUGAAUAAUUAGAUUACUUUAGAAGUUUUGAAUAUUUGGACUUAAUUUUUAAAUAUAUUUUUGAUCCUUGUCAUUUCAGUGCAAUACAUGAAUGGGUAAGAUUAUGAUAUCUAUAGUUUUAGGAACAUCAUUAUGAUGAUAUUCAAAUUAAACAUAAUUAAAAUUCAAGAAAAUUAAAUUAAAAUAAAGAUAUAGAUAAAUUAUUAUUACUUCGUUCAUUAAAGACUAUAAAAAUACUUAUGCAUGAAAAUAAUUAUCCAAUUAUUACUAAAAUUGUACCUUAAUUCUUAUUUAAAUUAUGUAUUAUUACUUAUAUUAUAAUUUAGUUCAUUAUAUUUAUGAUUCCUUAAAUGAUUAUGAAAAAAAUAUUGAUUUAAAUUAGAUUGCAUUUAUCUUAGACUUUCUAUUACAGACAAAUCCUAGACAAUCUAUUUUAAUGAUAGUAGAGUUUAAUUUAAUGUUUUAAUUAGUUUCAAUUAUAUAUAAUGAAAAUAUAGCCAUGAUUGUAUAGAGUAUUUAUUUAUUAUUAUAAUAAAGAAAUAAUUUCAGAUGAAUAUGAUAUGGGGAAUUAUGUAUUUGAUCAUUUUUGGUAAUAUUUGGAUUGUACAAAUUGGAUAUAAUAUUUUUUGAGCAUUUCAUUAAAUUUAUAAGUUGAUACAUUUAGAGCAAAUAAAAAUAAUCAAAGCGAUAAAACUGUUUAAAUUGUAGGUUUGUUAAAAUAAUAAAUAAAUUAUGAUAGAUUAAUUCAUUAAUAAGAAAUAAAUGUAGAUGAAAAGAAAUUAUUAACGGAUUAUUUAGGUUAGUUAUAAGCAGGUAAAAACUACAUAUAGUUUUACAGUAUGAAUUAACUUAAUUGGCAUAUGAACUAAAAUGUUAAAGAGAAUAUAACAGUAAGUGAGUUAUUGGGUAAAGAUAUAGAUAAUUUAAUGUAAUUCAGAACAGAAAGAUAAAUGUAUUAAUCAAAAGUUUAAAUGUCAAUAAGAGACAAACUUUUUGUUCCUUAAUUAUCAUAAUAAGAAACAAAAUUUAUUAGAGGAAAUAGUAAAAGAUAAAUAAAGGAAACUUUAUAAUAGAGAGAAUUAACUAAUAAAUAAAUUGCACAAACUAUUAGAUAAUUACCAAGAUUAACUAUAGGGAAUCAAGAAUUAUCAAAAUGGAUUAAUACAGGAAAAAAUCAAAUUAAUCUUAGUGUUGCAUUGUCUCCUAAAAAAACACCAAGAAGCUAUUAAAUUAAAACUGAAUAAAGCACUGAUUUUUCUUCAUUUUAUGAGGGUUUUUCAAGUGGAAGACUAAAAGGAUUGUAUCCAAGUCCUAAGAUCUCGAUUUAAUCUAGUAGUUUUGAAAGAAAAGCCAAAAAACAUCAAUCAGAUAUGAAACUUCUACCUUCUUGUAUUUCUAUUUUAAAAUAGAUUAUUUAAAAUAUCUUUUAAAAUAUGAUGAGCUUAACAUCAUAAAAUAAGAAGUAAGCAUAAAGAUUAAAAGUUGAAUAAGAUAGUAUUUUACCAUCAUUUUUAAAUUAAGAAAUGCUUACUUAAUUAUUCAGAGUCUAUUUAUAUGAUAUAAAUAAUCAGGAUAAAUAAAUAUCAGAUACAUCUUGUGAAUGUGGUUUGAUUAUUAAUGAAAUUUAUUUAAAUUGUAAAUAACAUUCAGAACUUCACUAAUAUAAAUCUCUUUUAAAAUCUUGUUUUUAUGAAAUUGGAGAUUAUAUUUGUAAAAUAAUUGUUAAAUUACAUGAUUAAGAUUAACCAUCAAAAUUUAAAAGACAUUUACUCACAUCUACUUUAUAAGAAGGUUUGAUAUUAUUUGGAGAAUAAUAGGACACACCUAAAAACAUAUUUAGUAUUUUAAAUGAAACUGUCCUUCAUUUACUAAUUAUUUGGUUUUUUGAUAGUGAUCAAACUAAUACUUAUCAAUAGACAUUUGUGAAGUAUUUAAUUAUUAUUAUAUAUUAAGGCUUUUUACAAUUAUAUUUUCAAGAGCCCCUUAAUAUUUAUUGGGAAUAAUUCUAUUUAAACUUGGAUUGAUUAGUUCCUUAUAAAAUGCUUACUUUAAUUUCUUUAUAAACAGUGUAAAAUUUACAACUGGAGUAGAAAGUCUUUUUUAUUAUGUUAGUGUUAUGAUAUAUGCUAUUAAACGUUCUUUGUUAACAAGAAAAAUUGAAUCUAUCUUAAGUAAUUUAGAACCUUUGAGUUCAUGGAAAUAAUUUAAGGAAGUAGAAAUAGAUAAUAACUCGAAAUUUGUAUAACAGAUUGAAUGCAUAUUAUAAGAACAUGAUGGAAAAACUCCAAGAUAAAUAAUAAAAAAGAAAACGAUAACAAUUCACUCUAAAAACGUUAUGUAGAGUAGAAGAUCUUAGCUAUAAAUUUAAUUUCAAAAUAAGUAAUUUAUUUAAUAAAUUUAAGAUUUUCAAUGCAAUAAACAACAAAUGAUAUUGUAAAUUUAAUGAGAGUAAAGGAUAAAUUACUAUAUAAUAAGAAAAGUGUGCAUUUAUGA